AUGUACAAUUUAGGUGAUGCAGAAAAAGAAGAGCAAAAUCAGUUAAAUAUUUCGGAAAACCUGAUUUCUGAUGUGGAACUUCACGAAGAAAUGCCAGGUCCAGAAAAGUUGUCACAAUUCGAACAUAUAAAAGAAAUUUCAAACAAAAAUUCUUCUGUACAAAAUGCAACAAUUCACUCGGAAAAAGUUGAUUUGAUUCGUGAUUUACAAACAAAUUUUAGUUCUGAUCCUGCUAAAUGGAACGUGACUGUAGAUCUGAAACAUUACAUUGCAAAAAACCCUGUUUCUCAAGAUUUAAAUGGCGAUUUCAAAUUUACUUGUAGACAAAUAGGUAAAUUAUACUGUCAUGUGAGUAAAUUAUUUAGUUCCGAAAUUUCACAAAAUGCUUUUCAGACUGGUUUCAGUGAUUGGAAAAAUGCACAUAUUUUAAUUUCUUCUCAUGAACAAUCGAAAAAUCAUAUUACAUCGCAAGUAAAUUUAUUAAAUUAUCAAAAAACGAUUCAAGUAGACAAAGAACUGAUAAGAGUACAAGAAGAAACGAUAAAAUAUUGGACAAAAGUUUUAGAAAGAGUUGCUGCAGUGAUUAAAUUUUUAGCAGAAAGAGGUUUAGCUUUUCGCGGUGAUAAUGAGCUUCAUAAUAAUGCGCAUAAUGGGAAUUUUCUAGGAUGUAUUGAUUUGUUAGCACAAUUCGAUCCCUUUCUUCGAAAGCACACAGUCAAAUACGGUAAUCCAGGAAAAGGCAAUGUCUCAUAUUUAUCUUCAACGAUUUGUGAAGAGUUCAUUAAUUUGAUGGGGAAAAAAGUUUUGGAACGGAUUUUGUUUGAAAUAAAGAAAGCCAAGUAUUAUGGUAUAAGUUUUGACUCGCCGCCUGAUGUAAGCCACGUUGAUCAAUUGACAAUUACCACUCGAUAUGUAUCUGAAAUUGGCGAUGUAUACGAACGAUUCUUAGCUUUUGUACCCAUUGAAUCACAUGAAGGUAAAUAUCUUGUUGAAACUGUACUUUCAAAUUUCGGGAAAUGGAGACUUGAUAUACAAGAUUGCAGAUCGCAGUCAUAUGACAAUGCUCGUAACAUGAGUGAAACAUAUUCGGGAGUUCAGAGUAGAAUAAAAAAUAUAAACAAUCUUGCAGUUUGGAUUCCUUGUGCUAACCAUAGUUUGAACUUAGAGUUGCAGCUGCAGAAAGUUGCUUAA